AUGUCGACUGCAAUGACUUUUGGCCAGAAACAGUUUAUACCGACUCCACCAGAAAAAGGAAGUUUUCCUCUGGAUCACGAAGGAACGUGCAGGUCGAGUAUGACAAAAUAUAUGAAGUGCUUAUUCAAUAAUGACAAUAAUAAUUCCUUGUGCCGAGACGAAGCGAAAGAUUACUUAGCCUGUAGAAUGAACAAUAAUCUAAUGGCUAAGGAAGACUGGUCCAAAUUAGGUUUUAGAAGUGAAGAUUCUAAAGAGGUGUCCAUGGGCGGCGGUAGUUGCUUACCAUCAGGUGACCCGUUUGCUAGUCUGCCCCCUUAUACUAUAAAAAACACGCACUGGUAA